GACAAUUGAAUGAGAUAGUGUUUUCUCUUUCACUUGACCACUCUAAAUUCUUGAAUAAUUCAAAAGUGAUGUGAUCGUUCAUGAUAUCGGAUAAAAGUUUACAUUUAAAGACUGCUUGAAAGUAACAGCAAAUAUUCUUAUGGUUCUGUCAAGAAGCAAUCGAGAUUUCAUAAACACAGAGCCCUUCCCAAGAGCAAUCACGGAUAACAAUCCUUAUGCAGGCGGAAGGAACAAGCAUCUGUAUGGGCAUCACCAGACACUUUUUGAAAAAGAAACUGACAAUACACUGUCACCAAGAUCCAAGCUGGACAGUUUUUCAAGGAAACAGCAUUUUGUUCACGGAAAGCCAUCUUGUGGAUCGUCUAGCAACACUCUAAUGUACGGUGGAAUACCUGCAACAGCACCGUAUGCUAAUACGAUGCAAAAUAAUACAGUAAGCAGAGGGAGUUAUGACAGAGGUAUGAGGUCGCAGCAAGAACAGAAACAAUCUACAGGGUUUCUUUAUGGUGAGCAUGAUACGAAAGUUGGCGUGCCGCAACCACAGAGGCGAAAAGAAAAGGAAGGUUUGCCACCCUGGAUGGUUGACAAAACAUCGGCGGAAGUAAGAAAGCGUGAGAUGCAGGCAAGAGAAAUCGAGGAAGAUAUUGCGAGAUCAAGACUUGAGAAAGCAAAUCAAAGAGCCCAUAAAGCGGUUGAGCAGAGAAAGGACUUGGAAAUGCUACAGAGUUACAGACCUUGGGGAAAACCGGGAGGAGGAGCACCCCGUGGCUUGGAAAACGACCGAAAUGCAACAAUGAGAACCCGGAAUGUUGGACUGCUUGGAGAUGAUAAGGACCAAGUUUUUCCGUUCGGGAAACCAGGAGCUGGUGCCCCAAAUCGAACCGAGUCAGGACGAUUGAAGACAAAAUUAGCCGGAGAUACGACUGUACGGCUAAGAGCUCAUAAAGAUGGCCGUCCGGUAGAUUUCAUACCCAUGAAAAAUGCGAAUACAGAUGAGUACAAAACUGAACUAGAUAGGCAGGCAGAAGAAACAAGGCACCGAAGACAUUGGGAGAAAGAGCAGGAUUUUCAGCAUGACCUGGAAACGCUGAGGUAUGAUCCUUAUGGACGCCCUGGUGGAGGAGCUCCCUUGAGAGCUGACGAUGGUACACAUAAAGCAGGACUUCCACUGCAACUCUCAAACGACAUCUAUGAAUUGAGAACCAAAGAACCAAGAAACUCGCAUAAUUUUUCAGGGAACGUAGACGAAGAUUAUAACCAGGCAAUACUUCCAAAACCAGAUGCAUCGAGAAAAGAGAAACAGGAAGUUCUGAGGAAAGAAUACUCAGAUGAGGAAAUGAACCAGGGAUUUCAAUUUGGAAUGCCAGGAGCCGGAGCCCCAAUCAGGGAUAAGAAUGGCAAAAUUGUGGCCCAUGGAAGACAGACACUUGUGAAAGACAAGACUGGAGCUCUUGUUAAAUCUCCAACAAAACCAAGGGAAGACUCAACGUACUUUCCAUUUGGUAAACCCGGCGGAGGAGCACCAAUCAGGGAUGACAGAGGGCGAGUUCGUGCGGGCGUGACAGGAGCAGUCGAGAACGAGAAAACGGGUAAAUCAAAUGCGAACCAAGAAAGUAUAGAAGCAAAGAAGGAAUAUCUCUCCACCUUGAGGAAAAUGCAAGAGGAAAGAGAAAACCAAAGGAAUAGAGAGAAAAGUGACAUUCUUGAACCGGCACCUGCCGUCUCUCAGUGGAUACAACGUGGCGCGGUAGGUCGCCCAAAGUAUGAUCCAUACACGCACCAAAUCAAGGCCGAUCCUAUCGUCACUUCAGAUGUCACAAGACAGAGAAUGAACAUUCAUCCACAAGCGUCUGAUAAGAGCAGACAAUAUCAUAACGAGCUGGAUGAAAUCGUUAGACAACGAGAAGAGAGGAAGAAGAAAGACUCAUUAGAGCAAAGACAGAAAUCAGUUGAGCAUGCCAAAGCAAUGGAACGAGCCUGGGGGAAACCGGGAAACGGUGCUCCAAACAUCGAUACUAAAAAGGCCAAAAUUGAAAUGAUGCCAGCCGAUCAUGGAAUGAAAUGGAGAGACAAUUAGUUACCAUAGAAACGAACCAUGGCAAACGAAACUAAGCAAAGGGGAUUUUUGUUACUACCGAUGCAUGCACACGUAUAUUUAGGUUUUUAUAUAGAUAGUGUAACGGUAUUGUCUUCAUUGGCAUAGGUAUUAAGCAUGACUUUGAAAGUUACUCUUAAGAAACCCAUGCAUCCUUUACUCAACAAAUACAAGUCAAAAUUUUCACUUCCCCGUUUGCAAGUGAGAGUCAUAAAAUUUUAAAAAGAUAAAACCUAGAAUAAUCCAAAACCUUUGGGUUGUGAGAACCCAUUCAAAGCCUGGGCGCUCUCAACAUUUCAAGCAUCUGGAAUUUUCCUUUAUAAAGUCUUGUCUAAUGUCUAUUCAUUUCAAUUUUAUAUAUAUAUCUUAAUAUCUAAUCAAUUUGUACUCAUGUAGCCUUUGGUUUUCUUCUGUAUAAAGAAAUACAGUAAAAUUAUUUAUUUCAAGGCCUUACCACGAUUUUUUUGAUCAUCUAUUAGCUACAACUUCUGUUGUCUCGAUUUUUCAUUUCACUGCUUCGCUUUUACAAGAAUCUGGGCUAGUAUUUCAAAUGUUAAUGAUAAAAGACAAGGUAAUGUUUUGCUGAAUUUCGUAACAUUUUUUUGGAAUAGGGUUGUCUAUUUCCAUCUUUUUUAAUCCAUCAUUAAAUGCUCUAUCGAUCGAUAUGACGUAUUUGGCCGAAAAAUCGCCAUUUGCAAAUAUCAGUUUCAAAAAGUUUAUAGGAAUCGUAAUACACAGGAGUAAAGAAACGUGAGUCUGCAUAAUCGAUCAGCACAAGAAAGUUUAGCAGAUCUGGAUGUUUUACGUUUUGCAAAUUGCUUUAUUCAGAUGCAUAAAAGCAUAUUGUUUGCUGCGGCUUGAACUAUAAACACUGCAUCUUGUUAUAGGCACCCAUUGUAGACCUAGAAGAUCUUUAUCAUUAAAAUCGUUGCCAGUUUCUGACCUCAGUUAUAAUUACCCAUUUGAUUCCAGGAGAUUAACCUUUUAACCCAGUUACUUUUUUCACACCUAUAGGGUCAUGUAGUCAUAAGCACAAAUUGGCAAACAAAGUAACUUUAUUUUCAAACAAUGUUGACUGAUAAUAUAGUCUUCAAUCGAGAUAAUAGGUAUUACUGGUAAGGUCAAAGGAACUGAAUGCCUGCCUUAUCGAAUCACCUGCCAAACCGAAUGUUACCCAUAGCAUCUAGGUACGAAAAUCUGGGCCUAAAUUCUGCCUAAGCGACCUAGCAACCGAAAUCGUAGUUGCAUUAUCGGCAGUGAUCUGGCUCUUGAAAAUUCAUGAGAUGGAUUUUACCCUUUACCAAGAGGUUUGUUCUUUAGUCUAUUUGAUUUUUUAUUUUGUUAAAUUUGAUGCUAUAUUUUUUUAAGCUAAGGUGAUUAGUUCAAUAAGCUUAAAGAUAUAUUGAGCGAAAAUGUAUGUUAACUAGAUGAACAUUUACCUCUGGCAAAUAUCUUGUUUAUUGAGUAUACAUCCAUGAUGAUAAAGUUUGUGUCUUCAGCGCGAGAAUCUCACGGUUGACUGGAUGCACGAAAACAACAAUAACCCAGUUGCCUUUUCACUGUAUUAAGAGGGAAGAAAAUCUGCUUAAAGGAGGAUACUCAUGCUUUUUUACUUGCUAAACAUCCCUCAAAACAUUAAAAAUAUUAUGCCUAGAAUCAAGGGUCUCCUGGAAUGAAUUUCAGCGUAAUGCACUUUUAUUAGUGCAAAUAUAAAACAUUUUGGUAUUGAAAGUAAUGCAUUAUGCCUUGAAGCAGAAAAUGAUUUUGCAAACUGAUAUUUUUUCUAUGCAAGUUCGUAAUUUUAGUUUACAAUAGUUGACAAUAAUGCUCCUACUGACACUGCUCUCUCAGUUUUUCUCUAAGUCAAAUAUCAUGUGCAGAGUUUAUCGCUAGGUCAAACGUUUAAUCUAAGUUUCCUGUCUUAUUAGAUGAGAUAGAGCCACUGAUAGCUACAGCAAUAACUGCUGUCCGUUUACCAAUACCGAUCUUAGAGUUCAAGGUCCCUUUGCACAAAAUUAGUUGAUAGGCUGCAACAGAAACUUUAUCUCGAAGAUUGCGUUAGUUGUUAUAGAAGACUGGCAGAGGAAGAAACAACACAACAGCCUACUCUGAGGAAUGAAAAUGAGGCUUUCGAGAUUUUAACUUAAAUUGUUUUCAUGCGGUUACCAUUGCAAGUAGUCAAGAUUUGUCAGUUGAGACUUUCUACGCUACUUUUAAUAAUUCAAUUCCUUGGCUUUUUAUAAAGAAAAAUUUGCAGGGAAUAAAGAUAUAGUUAAAUGAAAAAACCGAUAGGGUAAGCGAGUGACCUUAAGGUCCACUCGCCCUUAGAUUUUUCAUAGCAUUUCAACGAGAUUUUAACUUAAAUUGUUCUUAAAACAUAAAAUGAGAGUCAAGUUUGAGUUGCGGGAUUGGUUAGGCCUUUCGAAAAAUUUAGCAAAUGUAGCCUUUCUCUAAACACAGAUCUAGGCUUGCAAUGUCUGCGAUUUGAAUGUUAUUGUUGAAACAAACAUGAUGGAAGUAAUCAGAGAAAAGGAAAUAAAAAUUGAUUCUUGGAAGAGCAUCCUUAUACAUCCGUUUAACUGCAAAUACAGUCUUAGAACACGGUAAAAUUUGCCGCCAUCAUGCCGAAAUGAAAAUUCUUCAUGGUUCAUUGAGCAGGAAAUGAACCAUUUCAUAUUGCUUGUUAUUUAAUCAUCCAAAAACAAUAGAUUAAUUGUGACAUGUGUUAUAAUCAUGUCGAUGCGAUAUAUUGUUAAUAGAGAAAGAUUGCUUAUCGUAUUUCGCAACUGUUUAAGCAUGUUAAUGAGAUUUUAUCUUGCACCGGUCCUAAACCAUUCACAUCAUAAGAAAGUUAGAAAUAUUUUCUCCAAUCAAGCGUGAAGCCCCUCAACAAUAGGAUAUACCGGCACGUUAGCUCGACUACUUCCUCGUAACCUUCCUAGUGGACUAGUCCAUGCUCAUUGUGAACUUCAAGGUCGACUGUUAUUCCUUAUGACAAAAGGAUUGCGAUGGAUCAUGCUGAGCAAGGAGAGUUCUGGAUGUCGAUGCCUGUUGUCUUGCCCUCUUCACCACAACCAUCACCAGCAUCACCAGUAGAGCCACUGGACCUUAGGGAUAUUGGCGACCUGCCUGUGAAACUAGAGCUACGGUAUGCUAUAGAGUCGAGAAGAAACGAGAAAGGUUUAGAUAUUCCACCUACAAUGGUACAGCCAAAGAAACUGAGACUCCAGCUCACUCCAGAAGAAGAGGAAAGGCGAAGAGUCAGAAGACAAAGGAACAAAUUAGCAGCAUCGAAAUGCAGGGUGAAGCGCAAAAAUCAUGUUCGCUGUUUAAUGAAGCAAUCUGACGAUCUUACAAGAGCCAACAACAAAUUAGAAGUAGAAAUUGCUAAGCUGCGUCACGAGAAAGACAAGUUAAUGGACGCCCUAAAAGCCCAUCUUUGCGCUAGAGGUGAACACCACCAAGAGAAUAGGAAACGAAACUCUGCAUAGUGAAACAAACUUAGGUAGCUACUUUGAAGAAUGAAAAUUAGCACUUAGAACGCAGUGAAAUAGUUCGUGAAGGUGGAGUCCCGUAAGAGUGACUAUAAUGUGAAUAUGAAGUUCCUUAAGAUAUCAACAUAACUUCCCUAUUAACUGUUCAUUUUGACCCCACAACUAAUAGAAAUUUGACUAAAUAAAACGAUACCCUUUUUAACAGAUUCUCAAAAAUGACAACUUUACUCGGAUCUAGAUUAAAAAAUAUGCUACUCUGGCGUUGAAGUAACUUCGCUUAAAGGAAUGUAUUGUUGUAGGUAUCCGUUUCAAGUUUGUAUUUAAACGCUUUAUAAAAAGUUCAGUUGUUUCAGAAAUCUUGAAAAGGCUCAGGUUGGCAAAAUAUUGUCAAUUUUACGCAAAAACACCCACGAAUGGUAUCACACAUACCAUUAGGAACCCAUUUUUGGCAGCUCUUGACUUCAACAUGACAUUGUAUGUAGAUGACUUUGAAACGAAUCAUUUCUUGAUAUUUUGUAUUUAGUUUUUCAUAUUCUUCUGGAAGUGUUUAAUAUUUGCAUUUUUGGGAAUUUUUCUAUUUUCUCUUUACAAAAGAAUUAAUAGGGUUUUGAAAAAAGAUGUUCUAAAAAUUUGUAUACAGAUUCUUAACUUUUAAAAUUUGUAAAGUUUGAGAUUUUCUCAAUUUUUCAUACAUGUGAGAUGAUUUUCGUGUUUUUAUGUUUUUGUAUCAACAAACAAUCAUUGUAAAUAGUUUAGUGAUAAUGUAAAUUUUUUUGUGAAUCAUGUUUUUUCAAAUUUUUUUCUUGAGAAAUGAUGGAUGAUAAAAUUAUGAUAUGAACUUGGGCUCGGUUUUUUUCGAGAUCUGAUCAAAUUUUUUUAUCCAAGGAAAUCAAAUAUGGGC